AUGACACGCAAGAACGGCAGCCUCACCCGACGGCGCUCCAAACCCAACCUGCAAGUGGCGACCGGCCAGAACGGCCAUGCGAACGGCACGAUGAACACCAACAUCGAAAUGCGCAAGCGGGACACCUCGACGGAGGACUCGUCCCAGCGAACCACCCGCCUCAUGUCUCACGACAACUUCUCCCUCGACGAAGAUCCCCCCGCACCCCAGACGCCCGCCAUGUCCAACACGAGCUUCCACAACCUCCCCACCAGUGACCGGCGCAAUUUCCUGUUGCUGUGUCUGCUGUAUUUCCUGCAAGGCGUGCCCAUGGGUCUGGCCACUGGUUCCGUGCCUUUCCUGCUCAAGCCAUACCUCUCCUACGGUCAGAUCGGCGUGUUCUCGCUCGCCUCGUAUCCAUACUCCCUCAAACUGUUCUGGAGUCCUAUCGUGGACGCGGUCUGGAGCUCACGGUUCGGACGCCGUAAGAGUUGGAUCACUCCGGUCCAAGUCAUUGCCGGUCUGGCUAUGAUCUACCUGGGUGGGCACAUCGGGGACAUGAUGGAGAAGGCUGGGGCGAACGGUGGUGCGGGCGUCUGGAAUUUCACCUACUGGUGGUUUACGCUGGUGUUUUUCUGUGCCACGCAGGAUAUCGCGGUGGAUGGAUGGGCCAUCAGCCUGAUGUCUCCGCCGAAUAUCUCGUACGCUUCGACGGCCCAAACCGUGGGCUUGACGGCCGGCCAUUUCCUGUCGUACACCGUGUUCCUCGCAUUCAACUCGCAAGAUUUUGCCAACAGAUGGUUCCGCAGCACCCCAAGUGAGGGCGGCUUGCUGUCCCUGGGCUCCUACCUCACCUUCUGGGGGUGGUCGUACCUGAUCGUGACUCUUGGUCUGGCCCUGCUGAAGCGAGAGGAACGCAGCAAGGAGCGCGAUAGCAUCAUGGAUGUCUACAAGAGCAUGUGGAAUGUAUUGAAGCUGAAGAACAUUCAGACCAUCAUCUUCAUCCAUCUGAUUGCCAAGAUUGGUUUCCAGGCCAAUGACGGCGUUACCAGCCUGAAACUUCUUGACAAGGGCUUUGGUCAGGAUAACAUGGCCUUGGUGGUGCUGAUUGAUUUCCCGUUCGAGAUCAUGCUAGGCUACUAUGCCGGGAAAUGGUCCACUGAAUAUACUCCGAUGCGUCUGUGGGGAUGGGCAUUUACCGGCCGGCUGGCAGCUGCCAUACUGGCUCAAUUCACCGUCAUCAUCUAUCCUGGUGGCUACGACGAUGCCGUCCCGUUUUGGUACUUGUUGACCGUCAUUUUGGAACAUGUGGUUUCAACAUUCAUGAACACCGUCAUGUUCGUGUCCAUCUCAGCAUUCCAUGCGCGCAUUGCCGACCCUGCCAUUGGGGGAACAUACAUGACCCUCCUAGCAACGGUCUCCAAUCUGGGCGGAACAUUCCCACGGUUCUUCAUCCUCAAGCUGGUCGACCUCCUGACCGUGGCCACCUGCAUCCCUCCGACCGUGGCCCCUCCAGCCUCUAGCCUGAAAGGCGAUCUCAUCACCUCCGCCUUUUCCUGUGCCAUUGAGCCUGAAAAGAACCGCUGCGUCAAUGGCGGCGGCGUCUGUCAAGUUGACCGCGACGGUUACUACCUCACCAACAUGAUCUGCGUACUCAUCGGCACCGUCACUUUUAUCAUGUUCAUCAAGCCGGCUGCUACAAGGCUGCAGAAUCUGCCUCUGCGUGCGUGGCGGUUGGUGGGCAAUGGGCGCGAGUGA